AUGCCGGAUUUGUACCUAGACCCUACUCGACUGGGUGAUGGUGCUCAUGCAGUGCAACCUGCCACGGCGCGGGAUGUAACGGGAGAUGAGGGGCCGGAGACAUCAAGUUCCCCCCAGCAAAGGACCCUGCAUUCUCAAGGGCCCUUCUCAGGAGAAGAUGUCAACAUUACCGAGGCUCACUCUACAUCCGCCGAGUCAAAUGAAACAUCGGAAGGUCGAUAUCAGUGUCUUACCCCUCUCCUCCCAUUCCUCGGCGACACAAUCCCUAUAUCCUUAGCAUAUGAGUUGUUCGAUGUCUACCUAGUAGAUCCCGGCACGUCUCUAUUUCAAUGUGCGUCACCCUACAUACUAUCACGCAUCUUCCGCAAGAAGUCUCUCCUUCGUUCGGCAAAUCCGCGCAAACUCUCUCCUGCUUUGCUGGUCACCAUCCUCUGGUGUUGCACUCAGACGGCGGAUAUCUCUGCGCUCCUAGUGCCCGGAUCUAGGUCCAGGUACACGAACAGCCUCUAUGAGCUUGCUACAUUCUUGGUGCACUGUCGGGAUCCAGAUAGAUGGCGGCGAAUUCACGGUGGGCUACGAGCCGAAAAGGAACAAGCCCAGGACCAUGUUAUAUGUGAUCCCACUCUGCCGACCACGGCAGACACCAACGAGCCAGUUGGGACCGCUGACGACGUUCUUACGUUCCUUCUCCUCUGCAUCGGCGUCUCAGCUGGAGACUUCAAGUCCGACUGUAACAAGUGGUGGAGCAAAGCUGCUCGACUCGCCAUGUCGUUGCAGCUAAAUCGCGAAGAUGUUGGCGAGAACACUGGUUCUCUACCGUCGCUAAUGGAGAUCGAGGGUCAAGAAGAGAGACGACGAGUCUUCUGGCUCCUCUACUCCCUCGAUCGCCACCUAGCUCUCUCAUUCAAUAGAACGAUACAAAUCCCCGACUUUUGCUGCGAGGUCUAUGCCCCCCUACCUGAUAGUAUGUGGGAAACUCUUGACGACAUCGAUAUCAGCACCCUGCCGGCCCGUACCUUGGGGCCCCCAACCAACAUCACUGGGGCAGGUUUCUUUGAGUACUUUCUCCCUCUCAUGGUCAUACUUGGUGACAUUAUUGAGGUUCAGCACAGCCAGCAUCACCCGCGCCUCGGCAAUUGUGACAAUGCACGCGCUCUAGAGGUGAUUAAAGAUGCAAUGGCGGACUGCGAAACAAGCCUCAAACAGCUAGCCCGAGGUGACGCCGAGGCAAAUAACAGCACUAGCAAAGACGCUUUGCGCUUGAGACUAGCCAUUGCAUACAGCAGUCACAUCCUCCAUGUUCUAUAUGUGCUCCUUCACGGCAAAUGGGAUCCCAUCAGCAUGCUCGAUAAUGACGAUGACUGGAUUACCACGCCUCGGUUCAUAGAGUGCGCUUCCCAUGCUAUCGCUGCUUCCGAGGCUGUGUCGGAGAUUCUCGAUCUAGACCCUGAGCUCAUGUUCAUGCCAUAUCUCUUCGGCAUCUAUCUUCUGCACGGGAGCUUCAUUCUCUUGCUGUUUGCAGACCGCAUGCCGCAACUGGGGCCGAAUAAAAGCGUGGAGCAGGCCUGCGAGACCAUCAUUCGAGCUCAUGAGGUCUGUGUUGUGACACUUAAUACCGAGUUCCAGAGAAGCUUUCGGCGCGUGCUUCGCUUAACCUUGUACAGCGUCCGAAGAGUUCAUCCGGCUAGACCGGAGGAGCACAAUGUAGCCAGGAGGCAGGUGUUGUCGCUUUACCGGUGGACUAAAAGUGCCAAGGGCCUUGGUAUAUAAGCUGGAGUGGACUGAAUAAGACAUUCAGGGUGGCUUGGUGACUGGCGGGCAAGGAUAUGAGCUCCGUAGACCCGUCCCGGGACAGGGCGCAGGCACAUCGCCAGCUGAUCGCAAGUAGAGGAGCAAUCAGACAGCGAUCCUCGCCUUAGUGAGGAUGAUGAGGAAGAGGAGUGGGGAGCCGAGGAGGAUGAAGAUGAGAAGGAGGAGACCUGGUCGUUUCAAGCAAUAGCGGGCUGAAGGAGGCUCUGGUGAUUA